AGCUGCUACUGCUGCUGCUGCUGCUGCUUGCUCUGGCCUGAACAGUUGCGUGAGAGAUGCUCUAAUUUCCCCUUUUCUGCAACUCCCUGCUGCCGCUUCUUUUUCCCUUCUAUUCAAUCACAAUUCACAACCCCUUUUCAUUUAUUUGUACACACUAAAGAAAGAAAGAAAGAAAAGAGCAGCAACUUUUCAUCUGGCUUCUGCUAACACAAAUUUUGGAUUUUGAGACAGAGAGAGAAAUGGAACAAGGGUUUAGAAAAGGCCAGGGGAAAUGUCCUCAACUGCUUGAUCUCAUCAGAAAUCAUGGGGAUUGGAGGGGUAAAGAGAAGAGAGUGGUGAAAAAUGGAGUUGAAGUAGAGGAGGAGGAGGAGGAGGAGGAGGAGGAAGAGGAGGAGGAGAAGCUGGAGCUGAGGCUUGGUCCCCCAGGAAAAGAAGAGUACUGGGUGGCAGAGAGGAAGGAGAAGAGAGAGGAACCCUCUCUUCUCUCUCUCUCUAAGGUUGCUAAGAGUAAUGGCUCAAUCCCAUGCUUUGGUUCCAAGAGAGGGUUUUUACAAGAUUUUCAGCAGCAGCAGCAGCAGCAGCAGAGCCAUGAGAGAAAGGGGAGUGGACCUCCAACAGCACAUGCUUCUGCUUCUGCUUCUGGGAAAGCAGCUGGAGCCAAUAAUAGCUCUCAGAGAAGAACUGCAGCUGCCCCCAUAGUUGGGUGGCCUCCUGUCCGGUCUUUCCGAAAGAAUCUCGCAAGCACUUCGAAGCCUUGCGUUGAAUCGCAGAAUAGACGCUCGGAAAAUGAGAGCGAGAAGAAGGGCUUAUUUGUGAAAAUCAACAUGGACGGCAUACCCAUCGGUAGAAAAGUCGACUUGAAGGCCUACGAUAGUUAUGAGAAGCUCUCUCAGGCUGUGGAUGAGCUCUUCAGAGACCUUCUUGCAGCUCAAAGCGAUCCUCUUGCGACUGGAACCGCAGAAGUCAAAGAAAAGCAGGUUAUCACCGGUUUGUUAGAUGGGAGUGGCGAAUAUACUCUUGUUUACGAAGACGAGGAAGGUGAUCGGAUGUUGGUUGGUGAUGUUCCGUGGAACAUGUUCGUUUCGACUGUUAAAAGAUUGCGUGUUUUGAGGACCUCCGAUCUCUCCGCUUCUUUUUUAAGGAAAGUCAGCAGGAAAAGGGCGGCAAACGAGUGUUGAACUU